AUGGCAAUUUCUCCAACACCGUGGAACUCCAAUAAAUAUCCACCAGCGCGCCGCUGCGAUCAUGUCGACACCUAUCAAAGCGCUGCCAAGGGAGAAGUUCGCAUCGCUGACCCGUAUCGCUGGUUGGAAGAGUAUACGGAGGAAACGGACAAAUGGACCUCUUCCCAAGAAGCGUUCACGCGGGAGUUUCUCGACAGAAAUGUAGAUAGGAAGCGGCUGGAGGACGCCUUCCGGGCUAGCAUGGAUUACGCAAAGUUCGGCGCGCCGACUCUGCGUGAAGAUGGCCGCUGGUACUGGAUUUAUAACAGCGGGCUGCAAGCGCAAUCGGUUGUGUAUCGCUCUAAGGGCAAAGAUUUGCCCGCCUUGUCGGGAAGCGAUGAUAGCAAAGUUGGGGAAAUCUUUUUCGAUCCUAACCUACUAACUGAAGAUGGUACCGCCGCCCUUUCUACGUAUGCUUUUUCUGAGUCUGGAGAAUAUUGGGCAUACGGAGUAUCCCUCUCUGGAAGCGACUUUUCUACUGUAUACAUCAGACGGACAGACUCUCCCCUCGCAGAAAAACCGGUUAAUGGCCACGAUACGGGCCGACUUCCCGAAGAAAUUCAUUUCGUUAAAUUCUCUUCAAUAACCUGGACGCCAGAUUCCAAGGGGUUUUUCUAUCAGCGCUACCCAGACCGAGCCGGCCUCACCACAGAGAAUGCCACAAUAGAAACUCAAGGCGACGUGGAUGCCAUGGUUUAUUACCAUCGCAUUGGCACACCGCAAUCAGAGGAUAUUCUCAUUCACGAAGACAAGAAGAACCCGACUUGGAUGUUCAGCAUUGAUUUCACAGAGAAGAAAGAGUACAUAGUCUUUUACACUAUGAAGGAUACUUCAAGGAAAAACUUGCUGUGGGUUGCAGAGUAUAAUAAAGAGGAUGGAAUUGGACCAAACAUCAAGUGGAACAAAAUAAUUGACGAAUUCGAUGCUGAAUACGACGUCAUCACGAAUCACCGAUCGACUCUUUAUGUUAGGACAAACAAGGAUGCUUCGAAAUACAAAGUUAUCACCAUUGACCUCGCCAAAAAAAAUGAGGUUAAGGAACUCAUCCCGGAGACCGAUGCAUUCUUGAGUGACGUAUCCUCUGUCAACAAGGACAACCUUGCCAUCAUCUACAAACGAAAUGUCAAAGACGAGAUUUAUGUGUACUCUAGAGAUGGAAAGCAGCUCACUCGUUUAGCGCCGGAAUUUGUCGGUGCCGCCUCAGUUUCUUCUCGCGAAAAGCAACCCUGGUUUUUCGUUACAAUGAGCGGUUUUAAUAGUCCUGGCACAAUCGCCCGGUACGAUUUUACCACGGCUGAAGAACAAAGGUGGAACAUUUACCGCUCCGUUAAAGUCGGCAGUUUGAAUCCAGGUGACUUUGACACUCGCCAAGUAUGGUACGAAAGCAAAGACGGCACCAAGGUGCCUAUGUUUAUCGUCCGCCACAAAUCUACUCAACUCGACGGCACUGCCCCGGCAAUACAAUACGGCUAUGGAGGCUUCAAUAUCUCCAUCGACCCCUUUUUUAGCCCAACCAUCCUAACGUUCUUGCAAAAGUACGGUGCUGUUUUAGCCGUUCCCAAUAUCAGGGGUGGCGGAGAAUUCGGCGAAGAUUGGCAUAGGGGGGGCUAUCGCGAAAAAAAGAAAAACUGUUUUGACGACUUUAUCGCAGCAACAGAUUAUCUGGUGAAAAAUAAGUAUGCAGCUCCAGGGAAAGUUGCCAUUAAUGGUGGUUCGAAUGGAGGCUUACUUGUUGCGGCCUGCGUGAAUCGUGCCCCUGAGGGCACAUACGGUGCAGCUCUUGCGGAAGUCGGUGUUCUGGACCUUCUCAGGUUUCAUAAAUUCACCAUAGGAAAAGCUUGGACGAGUGACUAUGGCGAUCCGGAUGAUCCCAACGACUUCGACUUCAUCUAUCCAAUUUCACCGUUACACAACGUCCCGACCAACAAGGUUUUACCCCCUUACAUGCUAUUGACUGCUGAUCAUGACGACCGCGUCGUUCCCAUGCAUUCAUUCAAACAUGCAGCGACUCUACAGUACACUUUACCCCACAACCCUCAUCCUUUACUGCUUCGAGUGGACAAAAAAGCUGGGCACGGCGCCGGAAAAUCGACUGAAAAAAGAAUCCAAGAGGCUGCGGAUAAAUGGGGUUUUGUGGCACAAUCGUUGGGCCUUGUAUGGAAAGAUUCAACCGAGCAAGCGAACUUUUAA